UGAAGGUCAUGUUGUGUUCAGUCUCAUGCAACACCAACAAUAAUGACAGUUCUGGAAAAUGGAAUAUCUCACUCACCUUCACAGUACACCACGUGACUGUUCAGUGCAGAUCAUAUUAUCAUUUAGAUUUGCAUGAAGCUGGAGUAAAUCCAUUCUAUUGCCAAGUUAACUUUGACCACUUUCAAAUAUUGCGAGCUAUUGGGAAAGGGAGUUUUGGAAAGGUGUGCAUUGUACAGAAGAGAGACACCAAGAAAAUGUAUGCCAUGAAAUAUAUGAAUAAACAAAAGUGCAUUGAGAGAGAUGAAGUUCGAAAUGUAUUUCGGGAGCUACAAAUAAUGCAAGGCCUGGAGCACCCCUUCCUAGUCAACCUAUGGUAUUCUUUUCAAGAUGAAGAGGACAUGUUCAUGGUGGUUGAUCUCCUGCUUGGAGGAGAUUUGCGUUACCACCUGCAGCAGAGCGUCCACUUUAACGAAGGCACUGUUAAGCUGUACAUUUGUGAGCUGGCACUUUCCCUGGAUUAUUUACAGCGAUACCACAUCAUUCACAGGGAUAUCAAACCUGAUAAUAUACUACUGGAUGAGCAUGGACAUGUUCAUAUCACAGACUUUAACAUAGCGACCAUAGUGAAAGGCUCAGAAAAAGCUUCUUCUAUGGCUGGCACAAAACCCUAUAUGGCUCCGGAAGUGUUCCAGGCCUUUAUGGAUGGAGGCCCAGGAUACUCAUACCCUGUAGACUGGUGGUCGCUAGGAAUUACAGCGUAUGAAUUACUGAGGGGCUGGAGGCCCUAUGAAAUUCAUUCGGCCACCCCCAUUGAUGAGAUACUCAACAUGUUCAAGAUAGAAAGAGUUCAUUACUCAUCCACAUGGUGCAAGGGCAUGACAGCAUUACUGAAAAAGCUCCUCACUAAGGACCCGGAGUGCCGUCUUUCAAGCCUUGCAGACGUUCAGAACUCCCCGUACCUUGCUGAUGUCAACUGGGACGCUGUUCUAGAGAAAACUGUGACCCCAGGCUUUGUUCCUAACAAAGGAAGACUGAACUGUGAUCCAACAUUUGAACUAGAAGAAAUGAUUUUAGAGUCAAAACCUCUCCAUAAAAAGAAAAAACGACUUGCCAAAAACAAAUCGAAAGAUGGAGCUAAAGAAGGCUGCCCGCUGAACGUACACCUGCAGCAGUGCUUGGAAACCGUUAGGAAAGAAUUCAUCAUAUUCAACAGAGAGAAAUUAAGAAGACAGCAGGAUCAAAGUGGACAGACUUCUAGCACGGACAGUAGAGCAUCCUUUCAGAGCCACGGAAAACUUCAAGAUGGACGUAACAAUAAUUUACUGGGACAUGGCUGCACAAGAGGCUGCAGCAGCUAGUGAGAUAAGGCCCCAUCACACACGCUCACCUGGGAAGGUGAUGAAAGUUCCUCCCCAUGCAUGCCUUGAUCUUUGUCUCCUUGGGCCCCAGGAAGUCUAACUCCUUCAAAAAGCAGGCUCCCUAGCCGACUGCAAACCUACAGAGCAGAUUGGUUGAACUUUUCCACACACAACCCUGCUUUUCUUUUGACUGUGCCACUGGAAACAUGACCAUCAGCAACAAAAUACAGUUUUAUAAGUAAGUUUGACUUUCCUCUUCAAAAUCCUGGAACAAAACUUGAAACAAUUCAUUAGGCAGCCUCUCAAAUAUUGCCAAGAUUCUGGCUACUUGCAAGAGACAAAGCUAUAUUGGGGCCAGCUUUAUCCUGAAGGUUUUAUGUUAUCCUCUCUGUCUCUGUUAAUUGAAAUGGUCCAAUCUGGAUUUUUUGUGAAACUGGUAAACACAUCAGUUUCUGAGCACCUGCUGUUGAGUUUAUAAUGGAUGUAUAUGAUGUAAAUACAUGAAUGUAGUGUCAAAUAGGCCAAACAUCGUAUAAUUUCAUUUAACCACCUGAAGCCCAUUGAAAAAAUUGCAGCAUGAAUGUAUUCACAUUGUUCUUCAUGCAUUUUGCUUUGUAGUAAAAGAUGUGACUCUGGCCAAGGCAAAGUUUUGCUAGUGAUUUUAGUGGAUGCAGGAUCAGACACAUUAGUAGUGUAUUAUAAUUAUGACAAAGAAAGACCUUUUUAUUAGUAACGGUAGGCUGAUCGAGCCGGAGUUGAAAAGCAGCUUAGUAAGGAAAGCUAAAAACAUUAGAAAUUUGCUCUAAGACAUAGUUAGAUGUUAUAAAAUGUAAAGAAGUUACAUAUGUCUCUGUUUUCAUGGAUCUAUUCUGGAUAAGAACUGUCUUGAAUAGAAAGCAACAUGUUUUAUCCAAAACAUUACUGACAUGAAAGCCUUUUUUGGUUUUAUUUUUGUUUUAUAGCAUCCCUAAUUCCACACAUUUAUGGUAUUUUACAACUUGUAUGUCCACAUUUUGAUAAUAAAUGCAUGCUUUUUCUGUC